AUGCAGUCAGCCAACACCGCCACCGCCGGCACUCAGCCUACCACCGCCCCCGCCUUCCAACGCCCCUCCGGAAGUGGAGGAGGCAACAAGAAGGGCACCAGCGCCGAGCGCCGAGCCACGCACAAUGCCAUUGAAAGAGCUCGUCGCAAGUCCCUCAACGGUCGCUUCCUUCAGCUUGCCGCCACGCUGCCCUCGAUCUCGGAUAUGCGUAGGCCAAGCAAGUCGAUCAUUGUCAACAAGUCGCUUGACUUUGUCGCCGAUGCCAUGAACCGUGAGGUCAUCUACCGCCUCAAGAUCGACAACAUGCGUCAGGAAAACAUGCAGCUGCGUGAGCAGCUCAACAAGUUCUUGACUCAGGAAGGCCUCGAACCGCUUGCUCAACCUCCCGUGGACGAGUUGCCUGUCCCUCUUGCCGAGAUGCGCAACAAGAAGCGCCAGAAUAGCUUCAAUGCGCCCAGACCCCUCGUUGACAUGUACGAUCUCGACGACGAUGACGGACUCUUCGCUGCCGGCAGCGAGGGAGAGGGUGGAAAGACUAGUCCUACAUCAACCACUUCUGGCGCUUCCAGCAUCCACGCCUCGCUCGCCAGCUCGAUGCCCACAGGUGUUGCCAGUUUCACCCCCAUCUCGCAGAACGACAACUUCGGCCAACAGACCAACUUCUUGGCUGCACCUGCAAGCUCUGUUGCUGCUAGCGGCACCUCGCCUGGCACCUCUUCGAACUCUGGCGACCUCGGAUCCAGGGAACGCAGCGCUGGCUUUGAAGACGCUGCGAGUCACUGGAUUCACCCCCAAGCCUAUGUCCCAGGCUCUGCUCAUGGCACGAACGGAGCUGCCUCUACCGAGCACCUCACCUACGCUGGCCUCGCCUUUUCAUCGGCCGGAACAAACAAUGCUCUGAUGGCUCAAUCGUCGCCUUCUCAUUCAGUUGGCAACUCUGACAUAUCUUCUGUUCCUGCAGUGCUCGCUCAGAACGGAGAGUCCAACAUGUUCUCGAUGGACGCCAGCAACUACAUGACCUUUCGUAACACGCAGCAGCUUGAGCAGCAGCAUGUCCAGUUCCAGCUUCAAUUGCAGCACCACCAUCACCACCAACAACAACAACAACAACAACAACAACAACAACAACAGCAGCAGCAGCAGCAGCAGCAGCAAGCUGCCACCUAUGCGCAGUACAACCCGUCCUCUUUUUUUGAACCUGCGCCGCUGCAGUCUGCUAACUUCUUGACUGCAGUAUGA